AUGAUCGCCAGGUCGCUGGACUCGGAGCCUGACAUCGGCCAGCUGAUCAACGACUUCCCACAGGACGGGACGGACGAGGCCUUCGACCGGUUCCUUAGGACACACCACUCCAAGAAGCUGCGGGCUGCGUGUACCCAGCUGGGCCUGCACCCGCAGGCCGACCCGUCGACCAACCAUAAAGAUGGCUACAUCGAAUUACUGAUUCAAUACCGACGCGCUCGUCUGCGUGGGGAGGUAUUUUCCGGAAAUUUCAGGACCAAGGCCAAGCAGAAGAAGAAAAUGGGUACAUUUGACGUGGAAGGUAGGACGAAACACUGCGGCUUCAGACUGGCCAAUGUGCUGUUCAGUCCAACCUUUUUCCGUCGAAUGGUAGAAUCCGGCGCCCUACCUUCUACCGGUGUGGAGGUAGAACCAGUCGACGGUAGAACCAAGUUCUGGAGAGAAGUGGCGGUGGCCUACGCGAGUGAAAACCCGCAGUUUGAUGUGGUGGUGGGGCAAAUUGCUCGAUAUGAGGGGAUCGACCCGAGGUUGGCUCCCCACCACUCGUCCGCCAAGCUCUGUGCCAUGUGGAAGGAUCUGACGACUCGAUAUGAGGAGAGUCUGGCUCGCUGGAAGCAGCUUGGCACGGACACGGUAGGGCUCGCCCACUUUUGCGGAGACUACUUGGACGGACUCUACCUCCACGACUGGCUGCAGCUCCGACCGAUUGCAGUGGAUCCAGAGCAGGCGAGAGCCUCGAAACGAGCGAGGACGGGGAACACUAUUCAACAGGCGAAUGAAAACUCGUCGGUUGGACCUCCUGCUGAAGAGCAGCAAGUGCCAGCUCAGCGUCAAAGUCCCAGGACGUUGGAGGAGAGACUGCUGCAUGUUCUUGAUGCCAACUCAGAACGGCGACAAGUGAACAAGUACGACGGGGUUAUCUACUCGUCGCAGGCCGUGCGCGACACCAUGUCAGCUAUCGAAGCCCUCAAGCGUGGUGGGUUUGAUCGCACUGUCAUCGCUCAAGCAGAAGAAUGUAUGGACGCAAUCGUCCAGGUCUGGCUGCGAGAGCUGGAUAACGCUGGGAAAAGAGGAGCGGAUUCAUAA